GAAGCGGAGAGGCGGGUGCAUGUCAAUUGUUGCUCGUUUUUGCCGUCAAAAGUCGCUCGCGGGUGCCGUGAACAGUGCAACCCAAUUGGUACCAGCAGCACCUUUUUUUUUUAUUUGGAAGAAUCUCGGUCAUGCGCACAGAAGAGACAUAAUCGCUGCUUUUUCUCCCCCUACUUCUUUCAACUUGGCUUCCUUCGUGCACUUUGACAUCGGAGAGGACGCCACCGAGCCAAGUGCGGGGUUCGGAACUCAUUUGGAUUGGGUCCACUUGCAAGUGCACCGUGACCGACGUGGGCGGGUUUUGACGCACACUCGCGGACCCCCUCCUCCCCACGAUAAAGCCCUGGGAGGACUUGUUGCGCGUCACUCGGGGGAGCGCACCAGUCUGGUUUUGUUCCAAAAGAACCAAACAUAGACACGGCUGGUUGCGUUCACGGACCCAAACAGUGAAGCCAGUUCCUGAAUGCGGUCGUGAUUCAAGACCACGCGCGCAUGCACGCUCGAUCAUUUUUCUUUAUUUUAACAUUUAAAUGGCAUUCAAACACAGCCGAGCUAAACUUUCCCUAGGUUGAAUCAUUUCCUUUUUCAAAUCACCAACUCGAGCCGCCUCAACAUGUCCGAGCGCGAUGCACUGUGCAGCGAUGGAGCUCCUGACUUUAUACCGGCUCGAGUGUCCCGCGGUCGGCGGAGCGGUGUCGUUUUGCCCGGCGGGGGCGGUCAGGAGCCGGAGACCAUGCUGCUGGAGUCCGUGAGGGCAGCACCGCGUCGUAGCAGCAUCAUAAAGGAUCCUUCGGUACAGAAGGUGGGUGGAGGCAGAAAGAAGACUGUGUCAUUCAGCAGCAUGCCCUCAGAGAAGAAGGUCAACAGCGCGGCCGACUGCCUGGCCUUCAUGCAGGGCGGAUGUGAGCUGAAGAAGGUGCGCCCCAACUCGCGGAUCUACUGUCGCUUCUACACGCUGGAGCCCGACCUGAGUUGCUUACGCUGGGAGCCGUCCAAGAAGGACGGGGACCGGGCCCGCCUGGAUGUCUCCAGCAUCCGGGAGGUUCGGACCGGGAAGAGCACUGAGACCUUCCUGCAUAAUGGACUUCUCUCUGAACAACUGGCUGAGGAGGCCGCGUUCUCUGUCAUACAUGGCGAGGACUACCAGUCUCUAGAUUUGGUGGCACUCUCAGCGGAUGUAGCCAAUAUCUGGGUGACGGGCCUCCGUUACCUUUUGGCUCACCCCACAGUCGUCGGUGGGGGACUCGGAGGAGGGAGCGGUCUGGGAGAAGGAGGAACAAUGGAAGGCAGUCUGGGCAGCAAAAUGAGGAGCGAUUGGCUGGCGACCGAGUUUGCUCAAGUGGACGAAGAUGGUUACGGCAUCGUGUCUGAGGACGUGGCGGUCACCACGAUUGUUAAACUUUGUCCUGGCAUCAAGGAAGCCAAGGUCCGUCUGCGCUUCAAGGAGAUCCAGCGCAGCAAAGAGAAGCUGACCUCCCACGUGACACGCGAGGAGUUCCAGGAAGCCUACUGCGAGCUGUGCACCCGACCGGAUGUCUACUUCCUGAUGGUGCAGCUGGCCAAGGACCGCGAGUGUCUGGACCCUCAGGACCUGCGCCUCUUCCUGGAGACGGAGCAAGGUCUUUCCUUGGCCACCACCGAGGGCUGCUUGGAGCUGCUGAGGCGCUAUGAGCCCUCAGCACAGGGCAAGGAGAGGGGGCUGCUGGGGCUGGACGGCUUCGCCCGCUAUCUGCAAUCUCCCGAGUGCCAGCUGCUGGAUCCUGAGCAUGAGGGGGUGUGCCAGGACAUGAACCUGCCCCUGUCACAUUACUACAUUAGCACCUCAUACCGGUCCUACCUUCUGGAUGAUCAGGUCCAUGGCAGAGCAGACCUCGGCGGCCUGAUCAAAGCUCUUCAGUCUGGCUGCCGUUGCCUGGAGCUCGGAGUAACUGACGGCCCGGAGGGAGAACCUCUACUUGGGGUUGACUACGGUCCAGACAUCCCUUGCCACCACCAUCAGCAGCACCACCACCACGCACCCGUCACCAUCCGAUCCGCUUUGGAAGUAGUCAACAAGUACGCCUUCCUGACCUCGCGGUACCCGCUCCUGGUGUACCUGUGCCAACGCUGCUCGCGUGCCCAGCAGCGUACCAUGGCUCAGCACCUGAAGAAAGUACUUGGCUCUCGGCUUUACACUCCGGAGUCCCUACCAGUCAGCCUGGGGGGUAGAGCCACCACCUUACCCUCCCCUGAGCAGCUAAAGGGACGUAUCUUGAUAGUGGGCAAGAAGCUCCCUCCGGAUCAUGAAGGAUCUGAUGGGGAAGUGUCUGAGGAGGAAGAAGAGAUUGGAGGAGGGGGUCCUCUGGCUGGGCGGCGGAUGACCAUCCCGGGUGAGGAGGAUCUGGGCGUGGUCUUGGUUGUACCUCCGCCCUCUCAGCCUAGGAAGCUCCGCCUAAACAAAGAACUCUCGGACUUGGUGGCCAUCGCUCGGACAGACAGCCGCCACUUUUACGCCCAACGGGCCGUUCGCAAGCAGCACUCGCCGCCCAGCAGUCCCGGCGGCUCUCCCGGCACUCCCUUAGUGAACGAGACACCCUACUGGACGCUGUGCUCCCUGGGCGAGGGGGAGGCCGGGCGGCUGACUACAGAGACUCCGGAAGACCUCGUCAUGUUCACCAAGCGCACUCUAACGAGGGUGCGGCCCAGCUCGGUGCGCCUGGACUCCAGUAACCCCAACCCGCAGGGGUACUGGAAAGGCGGCGUUCAGCUGGUGGCCUUAAACCAACAGACCCCCGGUGCCAUGCUGGACCUUCACAGGGGCCGCUUCUCUCAAAAUGGAGGCUGCGGUUACGUCCUCCGUCCUGCUGUCAUGAGGGAUGAAGUGUCGUAUUUCAGCGCCCAUACACAUGGCUGCGUGCCUGGUGUACCACCACAAACUCUUCGCAUUAAGGUUAUUAGUGCACACAACCUACCUAAACCUCAGGGAUCAGGUGCCAAGGGAGAGGUCAUUGAACCUUAUGUGGUCCUGGAACUACACGGUGUACCUGCUGACUGUGCGGAACAGCGCACACGCACCGCUCUACAGAACCAGGAUGACCCCCUUUUUGAUGAGACCUUUGAAUUCCAAGUGAACAUGCCUGAGCUAGCCCUUCUUCGUUUCGUUGUGCUGGACGACGACUACAUUGGAGACGACUUCAUCGGCCAAUUCAGCGUGGCGUUCGAGUGCCUUCAGUCCGGCUACCGCAACGUGCCCUUGCUGGACUUGAUGGGGGAGCCCUUACCCCACGCCAGCCUAUUUCUUCACGUGGCCGUCACCAACCGGCGAGGGGGCGGCAAGGCCCACCGCAGGGGCUUGUCAGUGAGGCGGGUGGGCCGGCGCGGGCGCGAGUAUGUCACGUUGAGGAACACGGGUAUCAAGGCAGUGGAUGAGACUUUCAAACUGGCCGGCGUACCCCUCAAAGAGGUGAUGGACCUGCGGGAAGAAGCUCAGGGCACCAUCGCCAAUUUCAAAGAGCAGUGUGGGCUCCCCACGGUGGCCAAACCCAAGCAGUGCAUCCAGAGCCUGGCCACCAGGCUGCAGAGCCCCGAGGGCACCAUGGGGGCCACCGUGGUGCUCAAGGAGGGCUAUCCUUGUCUGGAGCCUCUAGUUAGUGUAUCUGAGCCCACCCGCAAGCUGCUGUCUGCGUAUGACACGAUGAUUGCAGCCCAGAAACAGCUAAUUGAAAACGCCGAUGGUGUCCAGGAGAGGAUUGCGCAGGUGCAGAAAGAAGGCAUGGAAUUCCACGAAGAUCUUUCUCGGUGGGCAGAGAAAGAAGGAUUGAAAGGAUGUAAGAUCAGCAAAGCUGUUGAAAGUUUCACGUGGAACGUCACUGUGCUCAAGGGUCAGAGCGACCUACUCCGUGGAGCUAAGAUGGAUUCCCUGGAUGCCCUAAGGCAGGUAGCACUGGCCUGCGAGGCAUCCGGACUCACCUCGCCUUCGUCCAACUCCUCCUCCUCCACAUUCUCCGCGGCCGAGCUGCACUACACCACUCAUAACUUUAGCAGGCGCCGAAGCAGCACGCACAGCAACGGGCGCGUCUGAUGUUGUUGUCGAGUGGGAUGUGUCCCUUUAUCUGGUGCAGUACCAGUCCACUCUGUGGGAGUCUUACGGUGGUUGGAACGAGGCCUUUCCUGAAUGAUGCAAAAUGAUUGCUUUAUUUUCUGAGAGAACACGAAGGCUCCGUCUAACUCAAGCGCACACAGAACAUUGGGAACACCUGAGUAAGUAGCGCUAAGUAGGCAGCAUCCAAAGCUGACGUGUGGAAUAUGAUGAAGGUGCUCAAGCCACAUGCGACGUAGCUUUAGAAGAGUAGUACAAUUUAUUUAAGAAAAAAAAAAACCUAAUCGUGCGCUGCUGCUAUUAUUUAUUUGUGUAAGUUCUCCCUAAAACCCCCCCAAAAGGUUAUUUAUCUUUUUUAAAGCGAAUAACAAGAAAAUAUGUUCAAAAGACGUUAAUCAAAUUUUAUUCUAAUUUAAUAGAAAGAUUCACAUUGAAUUAAUACAUUGAUUUUAAAAAGAAUUGAACUUGUCACACAAGAGGGGAAGAUGUAGAAUUUUUAAGCAUUUCAAUUACUGUCGGAAAACGAAACCAAAUGGAUUUUAAUUCAUUUAUUUAUUAAAUUCUAAGUCAUCCUGACAAGUGUUUUUGGAUUGAACAACAAUUUGAGCUUUUCCUGCUGUUUUAGCAUUUGGAACCCAUCCAAACUA